CUUGCAGGCUGACCUGCUGGAGGAAAGAUCUUUCUCGGCUGCUGCCAGAGCAACAUGGCGAUGCGCAUGCCGCAUCAUCGACGUCGAAUGCACAGUUGGCAGUUUUCAUGCUGCUGCGCAGCUCUGACCCAUCUAGCGGCGCUCAUCUCCGCAGCAGCAGCUGCUGCUCCGUCGCCACUGCGCCGUGCUAUCACCGUCCCCUCUUUCAUCCUGCCAUCUCGGCCUUUGUCCGCCUCGUUCAGAAGACGACCAUCGUCAUUGCCACUGGCUGCGGGCAAGGGCCGUGCAUCCGUCGGUGGCUACCACUGGGUUGAGGACAACGUCAAGAUCGAUGUGCACUUUCCCCUCGACGGCCACCCCGCCGUCCAGCCGGCCGAUGUGUCGCUCAAGACGACCACCACGAGUAUCAACCUCUCACUCAAGGGACGACCUUUGCUGAGGGGUCCGCUGCGUGGCCGCACCGACCCCGAUGAGACCUUGUGGGUGUUUGAUGAGGGUGAGGGGGGAGAGAGGGAGCUGGUGGUGUCUUUGCCCAAGAAUGAGGUGCGGGACGCCGAGAACCGCAAUGACUGGUUCGGUGUGGUGCGGGGCGACAGUGCCGUGUCGAUAGAUUACAUGUACUAUGACGACGGUGGGCAAUACGAGUACCGGCGUGUCAAGGGCGAGGACUUCGCAGCACAACUCGUGCAGCAGGUCAGUCAGUCAGUCAGUCAGUCAGGGAGAGAGGAGGGGCCACACACAGGUACAGGACAGUUGUGGAUGGACUUUCUGAGUGUGUUGCGUAUGUCUGUCUGUCUGUCCCUUUGUCUGUGUGUCAGGUGAUGGAGCUGGAUGACCGAGAACAGCCGAGUGUGCUCGAUGACUUUGACUGCGAGCCGAGAAAGGCCCUGGGCCUCCCAGACUGACUGGCGACGAGAUGUGUGUGCACAUGUUUUGCUGGCCUCUAUAAGCCCUCAAAUCCCCUUGGAAAAAUUCGCAAAUACGUUCAUAACAUGACCGCUGGACAGCUGCUCUCAGCUUGUUGCAUGCAACAUGGGGG